AUGGGAAUCUUCGACCUCGGAUUUUUCCCUUCGUUGUUCCGCUCCCAGAAAGGAACUAUACUUCCUAACGACGAACGUGUCAAUAUCCCCUCUUGCCCACUCCAAACUUUCAACGAUAUGGAAAGACACAACCCUCGCAAUGGAUCAAUAGUAUUUGGUUACCCGUCCACCGGUGGUAUUCUAGUCCGCUCAGCUGGACCCGUCGAGCUGUUACAUCUCGGACUUGACCGGUUCAAGGACGCAAAGCGAUCGCCGAACGCCGAGGAGGAGGACGAGUUUUGCAAGCGGCUAGGGCGAAUUGGGCCUCAGUGGUGGGCAACUAAGGCUGAGCUGAUGGACGCAGAGCUUGGGGAGGGUAGUGAUGCUGCCAAAAAGAAAUUGGCGAAGAGAGUCGAAACGGGCUGGCCGAGCUCGAGACAGGGAGUUUGGGUUCUUGAGUACGACCUGGAGGAUCGAGCUCAUUACGAACUAAGAACGGGAGCGUCACUGCUCAACAAUUGCCUUAAUAUGGAUGAGAGGUGUAAGAUCAUCGAAGAUCUCGGAGGAACUUUCUAUUCUAACCCAGAUGACUGUGAGGCUCUGUGCCCACUGCCCCACGAGGAGAGAACUUUGGGAUAA